GCAUCGCGCCGGAGCUGCCCCACUGUACGAUUAUGAAAACACCCGCGCCAAUGUUGUUGCUCCUCGGACGGAGCUCGUAACCUUUAACUCGCCUUAUCCGCGCCACGUCGUCGGUCGGCGCCGAUGAUCUUCGCGUGAGCGGACACCCGGGCGGCCGCGGAGCCGGUGGACGGAGGAGGAGAAGCGGGGGAAAAGAUCGGGACAGCAACACCUUCGCCUCCAGCGUCUCCUCACGCAGUUUGCUCCCGGACUUGCUUUCUAAGGCGGCGUUUUGCGAGCUCAAGCCCAAAGGAGAAGUUGCCGGAUGAAGCUCAACUGUCCUUAGACGGAGGGGUUUUCUACAAUCGUGCCACUACACCUGCGGUAAAAUCCGCCCCCCCCCCCCGCCCCCACCUUCUCGGUUGGGUGAUAGCUCUAUCUUCCUCCCCCCCCCUGACUUCUCUGAUGGACCAGAGAAUGAAGGGGGGUACCCCUCCGACCACCGACUCCACUCUGGACGCCUCCCCCGCACCUGAGGAUUUGGAGCAGGACCAAGAGAAAAGGAAGCGCAGGGUAGAGGCGGAGGAUUCGAGGAAAAAACGAGAGGGGGACAAGGGGGCAGUACUGGAGUUGCUCAUCGAGGGGCGCUGCGGAGGCGCGGGGCAGGAGCCGCUUCAGCUGUGUGGCAAAGACGCCAGCUGCCCUGACGGGAACGUGCGACUCCGGAUCGGGGUCCAGGCCAAGCGCACCAAGAAGCCGCCCAAGAUCUUGGAGAGCUACGUCUGCAAGCCCACCAUCAGAACCUACCAUAGGCAGGUCCGAGGGGGGUCGCUGGCCAGCAGGAGCGGCUCUGCGCCGGACGGCGCAAACAGAGACAACUUCUCCAGCUCUGACGCCGUUCAGACCGCGUCCAAACAAACCGCAUCUGUUGCCUCGCCGCCUCUAUUACCGCCGGCAUGCAGCACGGCUUCCGCCUCAGCCGUUGCCAGCUCGGGGACCAGGUCCACCAAACAGGUUCCGCUCAAACAGGCCGCUAACACAGAGUCGACUUCCAGCUCGUCUGAGAGAGUAAAAAAAGAGAGGACUCAAAGCGUUCAUGACCAACCAGUCACUGCAGGUCUCAAACCUUUGUCGCCCUCAACAGACCAGAAAUCUUCAGCGACGCCCUCCACGACAUGCACCGAAACUCCGCCUGAAAGGGAAAUCAACAAGAAACACAAUGGUGCGGUGCAGACUAAGAAACAGAAGGGUCUUUCGAAUGGGAGAUGCUCCGAAGACAACCUUGGAGACCCCACACAACUCAAAGAAGGGAAACACAGGAGCUCUUCCCCUGUUCCUUCUGCGGACACGCCCGCAACACCUCCGAGUUCCUCUCAAACAGAGCUGCGUUUGCCGCAAAGAAGUAGCUCUCCUCCGACAACAGCAAAAUCAAGAUCCUUCCCUACUUUGGAUAGGUCUGUCUCACCAGUUCGGGAUCCUUCACUACCCCUCUCCAAAGACCAAAAGAGAGACAAAGAGCGUAUGAUUAGGAAAGAGAAACGGAAAGCGAGAAAACCAAAAGGAGAUGGUCUGGAAGUAAAGAUAGUGAAGGGUGAUAGCAGAAAGGAAGAAAUUAAAAAGAAGAAAAAAGAGAGCAAAUCAAGGCACAUUAAAGAGCAAUUCACGUCUGAUCAUAAAGGUGGUGAGGAACUGAGGACUGGAGAAAAAGCUGAGAAACACAAGGAUAAGAUCAGAAAAGAGGACACCAAAUCGGGCAGCAGGGGUAAAUUACAUAAAACACAAGAAGGAAGAUCAGACGUGAGAGAUAUUACCGUACUGCAAGCAACAACUUGCGACGGCAGCAAGUCAAAAGAGAAAGAAGUCUUCAGACAUUCAACUGAGCCACCCAAACAUCCCGUAUUGUCUGUUCUGCCUCCUCUUUCUCCCCAGUCUUAUCCCCGAGAGCAAGACAGCAGACCGCUUAAGAAACGCAAAGCUAGACGGCCAAGCUGGACAAAGUUGGUGCAUCGGGCUCAAAGGGCAGAAAAUCAGGAAGAUGGUUCUCAAACCAGUGUCUGCCAGAAUCCCAAGGCCACUAAUCAGCAGACUGAAGAGCUGACUCCCUCUUGUUUCCCAACCAACAACUCCCCCUCCGUGUUUUCCUCAAUUAAACCAUCGUCCCCAAAACGAAAUCACUCCACAAUAGAACCCAACCCGCCUGCUCCAAAAAGCCCGGCGACUCCUACCAGAAAAAGGGGCCGCCCUAAAUCCCACUCCAUGAUAUACAACGAACCUCCUCUCCGACUUUCACCUGAGGAGAUCGCCUUUCUGGGGUGUGACAACGUUCCAAAAAGCCCCAUACUGGAGUUGAGCCCGAAAAGACGAGGUCGUCCUCGCAAACAACCUCUGAGUCCAACAGACGUCACAGAUGAUGGCACAGAUCCUCAUCCUUCUCCUGAAAAGGGAAACAAGCAGUUAAAGAUCAGGAAGCUGAUUAAUGAGAGAAAGAAAAAAAAGAAGAGGCGGCUUCAGAAGGUGAUGAUGACCAGCUAUACAGGGAAGGAGAGCAGAAGAACUAAAGGUGCAGACAACAAUCCAAGAACAUACAAGUCGACUGAACCUGCAAUAGUACCCACGCUCUCUGCCCUGUCCUCCUCCUUUGGGGCCAAGCUGGGCCCUCAGAUCAAUGUCAGUAAGAGAGGAACCAUCUACAUGGGCAAGAGAAGAGGGCGCAAGCCUAAAGCACAAACGACUCAUACGAAAUCCAACAGUUUCACUCAAUCGUCUUUGUUUAACCAGCCCACAGAAACAUCUCUCUUUACGUCUCACCAGUCCCAGCCGCCUCUCGCCCACCCGUUUCCCUCCCCAUCUCUUACACACUCCAGUGGGGCACAGAGUCCUUACAGUGAGGGAAGUGUCACCGAACCAACAUCUACUUUGGUCUUUCCUCCCCUGUUCUCUCUACCGUCCCCAUCGUCUUCCUGCACUUCACCUAGACCCCUAUCCUGCGCCUCCCUCUCCCCCUUUGUAAAGAAGAGUUGUCCAUGCCAGGGCAGGCACCACUUCCCUUUUCAUCAGUCAUCAUGUAAGCUCUCUUCUCACACCCCUCCACUCCAUCCGACUCCCGGAUCCCCUGGCCACCUUAAAGACCCAACACCGUCCCCCAGGAGUGAGUCUCACAGCGAGGAGACUUUGCCUAGUGAUAGUGGAAUUGGAACUGAUAACAACAGUGUUUGUGAGCGAGCGGAGAUGAGGGGUGGUAGGCUCAGGUUGGGUCAAACAUCAGGAGGAAUUCUAGGUGGUCCGAAACAUGCUUCUCUUGGCGACAGCUCCUCUCGUUUUGUUAUGUCCAGACUCAAGAAUCCAAUUAGUAACUCAUCAACCAUGGAGCGACACCGGCAUAGGCACAAGCGAAGGGAUUACAGCUGUCCCUCUUCAUGUGCUUGCUUGUGCCCCUACCCUGGACACAAGUGCACUCAUUCAGAAUACUUCCCUUGCCUUGGUCACAAUGCACUGAAGAAACAGAAAAAUAAACACAAAAAGAAACACCAGCAGCUGCUCAUGCAGGAUCCAGAGUUUCUGUCUGAACUGGAAGAGCUCAUCAGUCAAUUCAGUGACAUCCACAUCGGUCGAAAAGGCUGGGCUAGGACGGAGAUGGCACAGGGUUUUGACGCAAGUGGGAACACACUUGUAGGAAGGCGCCAUCACUCCUCACAUUCUCACCGCUCCAACGUAUUCAGGAUCAAUCUGAAUGGCUUCUAUUCGCCUCACCCUCCGUCUUUUGCCGCUAAUCCAACCUUCCCCCCUCAGCCUUUCUACCCUUGCCAGCCGGUGCAUUGCAACAGAAAGCCAGAGCUCAGGCAGUGUGGCUGCCCAUCAAAGUUCCAGGAGAGCAUUGACAAUAUGAGCUUCUACAGCAGCUACCCUCCGGCCACAACACUUUACCACCACCUUCCCGGUUCAUACCCACUUUCCUCUCCUCACCAGUAUGCACCGCAACAGCCCCAUCAUGCCCACUUCCUCCUCAACCCAGCCAGGUUCCACAGGCGGAGGAGCAGGCUGCUGAGGGAGGGAGCUUUAGUGAGUGACAUUGAAGGAAGUGGAGGAGGCCUCAACUUAGGGUACACAUCAAGCCUUCCGUGCAACUGCGGGCAGAGUGAACACAAACAUAAACAUAGGCAGAAGCCUUGUGAACGAAACAUAGAUGACGAGGCGUUACAUGAUCGCGAAGAGGGAGAAGUGGUGGCGAGAGAGCGGUUUUCUAGUUUAAAGUCAAGGUUAAGUUUGAGGCAAGGAGGAGGAAAAAAAGGGACAAGACGAAUGGACGGCGUGCUGUCCAAAGAGUCACCUUGGCUACGUGAGAACGGAAAUAAUUCCUUCUCUGUUGGCUCAUCAUCAUCAUCUUUAUCAGAGAGCUCUAGACCUGCAUCUCUUUUCUCAGUGGGACUGGGCUCCUCUCACUUGUCUUUGUUUGGGGGAGGGUGGGGUGGCCUGGGCCAGAGUUGGACCAAACCUGGGGGUGCAGCAUUCCCAAACUCCGGCUGGGGAUCUUUCAGUGGACAUACAAGUCGAACGAUCCUCUCCGAGCAAGAAGACGAUGAUGGGGAAGACAUUGACUCAGUUCACCUGAACAGGACGUCCCCAUCCCUAACGCACACCAACCUGUUUACGUCAUCCGCUGUGACGACCCGAGAACGUGGCUUGAGAAGCGGGGCAGCCGGUAGAAACCCGGGGAGAGAAGGCAGGCUAUGGAGGACAGACCAGCCGGCUUGGACGGAAAGGAGAGAAGCAGGCUUACAAGGUGACUCAAGAAGCCGCCGGAAGCUCCAAGGCGUGCCGGCAGCCCGCAGGGCAGACGGGAAAAAUAAAAGGAGACCGGGACGACCCAGAAAACAGCCUGUGCCCUCCGCUUUGUCGUCCCCCGUGCCGUCACCCGACCUCUCGCCCGAUGAUGAUAACAAUAGCGACGUCCAAGAGAGGAGGGAGGGGAACGGGCCGCAGCGAGACGUCGGCUCGGUGCAGCAGGUGACGGAUUCUGAGCUGCAGGCCAAGCGGAAGCGAGGACGGAAGAGACAACACGACGCCUCUCCCUGUCAUCAAAGCGUCGCAGAGGAGGAGCCUGAAUGUCUUGACACACGCGACGGAGCUUUCGGCCCUUCCGCCGUCGAGCUGCCCGCAUCGCAACCGGUCGGCGUCCAAAGAGACAAGGGGGACGCCGGUCCUCCGUGGAAGACGUUUUUGAGGGCGGGUCUUUACUCUGACGAUUACAAAACUACAGAUCCCCCCUCCCAGUUGUUUUCCAGAGGUAGCGCGGAAUACAAAGCAGGGGAGCGUGAACACAGCCUUUUACCUGCGCCCAUCCAUGUUGGGAAGUACUUGAGGCUGAAGAGGAUCCAUUUCCAGUUGCCAUACGAUGUCAUGUGGCGUUGGCAGCACAACCAGCUUCAAAAGCAACCCGCCUUCCCGCUGAAGAGGAAGCGGCGUUACUGCCGACUAAAGGACAGGAUGCUACCCUUUCAGCACACAAUGGAGGAGGGCCCCACUGACCUGGCCAGCCUCUUCCCUCACCUCGACAUGGAGCCUUUGACCGACAGCGAGCGGAGCUUUGUGGUGACACAUCGCGUGUUCCUAGUGAGGAACUGGGAGCUGGUGAGAGAGCGACAGAUCCGACUGAGGACGGAGCGCAGGCCAGAAAGGGACGGCGAGGCGGAGGAGAGGGACUGGCGCUUUGUUUGCGGGGACGGAGCCAGUGGAGACGACCACAUCAAGUCAGAUGUACCAGUGGGGGUGGUGGAGGUGACCGUUUCCACCAGCAGUGACCCCCAACACCACGAGAGCCCCGACACCCCCAGCUCCCUCGCAGCCAGCCCCCGCCCCACGGACAGCCAGGACGGAAAGGAAGGAGAAGACGAGGAGGAGGAGGGUGGCAGCGUGGAUGACAAAGUCGGAGAUACCAGCAGAGAGCAGAGGAGAAAACGGCUCAACGAUUUACUUUUGACCCUUCAGCAUUCAUAAGCUAACACACAGAGGUGUGAGCACUGACAGGAAAAGGGGACCAGUCCCCCGCCGGGACACAUGUACAGGUGCUGUUUGGACAUUGGGAGAGGAUCAAUUAAAAAAAAGCAAGAAAGACAUCAUCAUGACACGCUGUGGCAGAUGUUGAAUCGAGCAUCUUUAAAGGAUGAAACCAUGGCAACACAUCUUUUGUCCGGGCAGCCAAGGAUGAAAGCGAGACAGAGAAUGAGAGCGAGCGGAUCACGGAAAAAACAGACCAGCUGAAAAUGAAUUUGCACUAAAGACACUAAAGACUGUGUGGAGGUUCAAAAGACACACUUCCGCAAGCAAAGUGCGCGUCAAGACUGAGCCGAGUGAAACCUGGACGCUUAUGAAGCGAUACCUAGGUCAGAAAGGAAACUUCCAAAGUCACAUUGCACCUUGAGGAAGGGGAAGAAGCUCUUCUAUUUACUCUACCAGACAGCGAACACAACGCGGGGGUGUUGGCGUCGCUGCAAAAUAAUUUUAAGAAAGAUAAUAUUUUUGUUGUGCCGUCUUCUAAAGAACUCAAUGAACACGAGGAAUGUUGAACUAUUUUCAGUAUUGCUUCCUGAGGGUGAAACGUGUCUUUAUUUCCAUCAGAUUGCCUUUGAGAAUGUUUUAUUGACAAUCAGAAUGUCCCAGGGCAGUGAGAAAUGACAGGAUGCGGUUCUAAGCACGGUGGUACCUCGGUUUUCAUUAAUAACCCGUCCCGAAAGGUCCGCCGAAACCCGAACCGUACAACAACUAACGCAAUUAUUUCCCUAGGAAAUAAUAUAAGUCCACCCAAUAAUGUGAAGACAAAACACAUUUUAUCUAAAAUAAUUAUAGAUUUACAUGCAGAAAACAAUGUGAAACACAUACACUAUAUUGCCAAAAGUAUUUGGCCACCUGCCUUGACUCACAUAUGAACUUGAAGUGCCAUCCCAUUCCUAACCCAUAGGGUGCAAUAUGAUGUGGGUCCACCUUUUGCAGCUAUUACAGCUUCAACUCUUCUGGGAAGGCUGUCCACAAGGUUGCGGAGUGUGUUUAUAGGAAUUUUGGACCACUCUUCCAAAAGUGCAUUGGUGAGGUCACACACUGAUGUUGGUGGAGAAGGCCUGGCUCUCAGUCUCCGUUCUAAUUCAUCCCAAAGGUGUUCUAUCAGGUUCUGGUCAGGACUCUGUGCAGGCCAGUCAAGUUCAACCACACCAGACUCUGUCAUCCACGUCUUUAUGGACCUUUCUUUGUGCACUGGUGCACAGUCAUGUUGGAAGAGGGAGGAGCCCGCUCCAAACUGUUCCCACAAGGUUGGGAGCAUGGAAUUGUCCAAAAUGUUUUGGUAUCCUGGAGCAUUCAAAGUUCAUUUUACUGGAACUAAGGGGCCAAGCCCAACUCCUGAAAAACAACCCCACAGCAUAAUUCCUCCUCCACCAAAUUUCAUACUCGGCACAAUGCAGUCCGAAAUGUACCGUUCUCCUGGCAACCUCCAAACCCAGACUCGUCCAUCAUUUUACCAGAUGUAAAAGCGUGAUUCAUCACUCCAGAGAACACGUCUACACUGCUCUAGAGUCCAGUGGCGACGUGCUUUACACCACUGCAUCCCACGCUUUGCAUUGGACUUGGUGAUGUAUGGCUUAGAUGCAGCUGCUCGGCCAUGGAAACCCAUUCCAUGAAGCUCUCUGAGUACUGUACGUGGGCUAAUUGGAAGGUCACAUGAAGUUUGGAGUUCUGUAGCAACUGACUGUGCAGAAAGUCCGCUGACCUCUCUCUGUCAGUUUACCACUUGGUGGCUGAGUUGCUGUUGUUCCCAAACUCUUCCAUUUUCUUAUAAUAAAUCCGACAGUUGACUUUGGAAUAUUUAGGUGCUAGGAAAUUUCACGACUGGAUUUGUCGCACAGGUGGCAUCCUAUGACAGUUCCACGCUGGAAAUCAGAGCUCCUGAGAGCGGCCCAUUCUUUCACAAAUGUUUGUAGAAACAGUCUCCAUGCCUAAGUGCUUGAUUUUAUACACAUGUGGCCGGGCCAAGUGAUUAGGACACCUGAUUCUGAUCAUUUGGAUGGGUGGCCAAAUACUUUUGGCAAUAUAGUGUAUAUAUAUGAUCAAACAUUGGGAAUACCUGGGACCUUUGUGGGUCUUUUUAUUGCCUUCAAAGAUAACAUCAUGCAACAGAAUGUUCAUUUUAAAAAGUGGUAAAAAAUGGUCACAGAAGUUGUAAAGGAAUUGAUCUCAAAAUUUGCGUUAUCCAGUAGAGGUGGGAAUCUUUGUGCACCUCACGAUUUGAUUAAAAAUCGAUUAUUGAUGCAUCUUUUUAGUUUAUGUAUAUUGAUGAAGAUUUACAUUUCUUUUCGUUUCACUAAAUAAGCGUUUAUCACUUGCAACAUUAAAAAAAAAAAUCAAUGGGAGUAAAAAAACAGUUAAAUUAAUUCCCACAUUUAAUAAAUUAAUGAAAAUGUGUGCAAAACUGGACCAUAAGUGCCAGAUAGUAAAGGAGUUGGUGGGAUCACUGCAGUCAGACACAUUUUAGAACUGUCUGCAUCACUUUAUUUACAAUAAAUAAAUCGAUUAUCAAUCAUUGACGUUUACUAAUCGAUUCGAUAAUCUUCCAUGUCCGAAUUGCAAUGCAUCUAAAAUCGAUUAUUUCCCACACCUCUAUUAUCCAGUAAGUUAUUUUUAGCACAAGCUCCCCGGGACCCUUUUGUCUCCCAUUGACUCCCUUUUAUAGCAGCCAUUUUUCGAUAUACUGUAAACUUGUUAUUUUGUAACGCUUUUUCCACGAACACCAAAUGAAUCCAAGCAUUUCCUUUUGAAAUACGUAUAAAUCCUAUCAGAGGUGUAAUUUGACCUCUUAACCGGAGAUACUGCCAGAGUACCAUAGAGUACCAUAAAUUCAUAUUAGACGCAUAGUUGCUUUAAUUUGCCAACAACUUUGAUGUCAUAAAAAAGAUGUUGGUGAGUUGGUAGUGACAUGUAAUGUGCAUCUAAUUUAGUGUGUAACUUUGCUGCCUCUUGGCCAGGACUCCCUUGAAAAAUAUUUUUUUUAAUCUCAAUGGGAUUUUUUUCCUGGUUAAAUAAGGAUUAAAAAAAAUGACAGUUGUAUUAAUGUGGCUACAAAAAUAUUGUGCCUGCACGAUUAUUGCAUACUUUGUUUUUGCCAUAACAAAAUUGGGAUUUCUUUGACAAAAAGGGCUUAAAACAUAGACAUGGUCUGAAAUAUAUCGAGCAAUUUAAGAGUAAUAUUGACUUAUUUUUAAAACUUUUAUGGCUGAAAUCCGUUCAGGUCCCCGGGACCUUUAACAUUCACCAUAUUUGGGGGCUCCCCAAGGGUUAAUUGGAUAAACAAACAUUUCAUUUAACAUCAAGUUUAUGGGAGACUCUUAUCAGAGAGAGACGGGACCUCACUUUCGGAUUUUGCUACGAGUUCUCAUAGUGUUUCUCACCUUCUUCAUUCGAGUGUUGGCACUUGCAACUUUUUUUGGCCCUACGGUUGCUUAUUUUUUUGCUUGGUUGUACAAUACCCGAGAUGUUACGCGAACAUAUUAAUCGUCAAAAAGCGGGGCGUACGAAAACAGAGGUACCACCGUAGAAAUGCCAUGCUGUCGAGUAUCGAUCAAAGCAAUAUCUCCUGUGAUAAGGACUAUUAUUAUCAUUACAUAGUACAUACAUACAGUACAGUAUAUCUUUGUCAUGUUUUAUUAAGUCGCCUUGGUGUUUAUUUUAGUGUACAGAUGCUUAGAUAGGUCUUACUUUAUAAGGGCAUUUAAUAUCUAGUUUCAUGUGAAUGUACAUAAAACAUAAACUACUACAGUAUAUACAUAAGAUAUAAUCAUUAUGCUUUGGUUUUUUACCGCUGACCAAUACAUUAGCUUUCAUUAGACUGUGAUUGUAUACCUUUUGUUUUGUUUUUUUAGACACGCAUGUUUUUUGUUGGUCAAACAAUCAGUGCUUAUCAUUUCUAAGUAGCGUGGCUUUUUUUUUAAUUUUACGAAUAACAAGCCAAGAAAGUGCAAUUUAUUUUCACUGUUUACAUAUCCUGCAUAUAUUUUUCCUUCCCUUUCCUGAUUUUUAUAGCAAAAAGGUACAACAAUAACAACAAAAAGAGUUAUUUAUCUAGUUUGCAUGACAUGUAUUACCUUUGCCUGCUGCCUCUCAAUGCAUCUGGAAAAAAAACACAAUUACCAUAGAAAGUCAGCUUUUUUUCUUUUUUUUUUUGCUUCUCUAUCCAGUAAUUAUAAUAAAAACAUUUUAUGUCUAAGAACUAAACCACGCUUGGCCAAGCAGUGCUGUGGAGUGUGUUGUCCUCCAUAAUGACCCACAAUAGAGGACGUGUAAUCAUAGCUACAAUGUGGGGGUGGGGGCUGAGGAUGACUCGGGGGAAUUAUUCUCCUUUGGUUGCCUUCAAAAACAACCAUGGCAGCUAUUAAUGGCGCUUCUAGAACAAGGGUCAGCAACCUUUACUGUCAAGAGACAUUUUCCUCGCUCUUCCACUAUAAGAAAAACAGUCGGAAGUAGUGUUGUCCUGAUACCAAUAUUUUGGUACCGGUACCAAAAUGUAUUUCAAAAUAAAAAUAAAAAAAUGCCAUUAUUGGCUUUAUUCUAACAGAAAAUCUUAUGAUACAUUAAACCAGGGGUGUCCAAAAUGCAGCCUGUACUAAUUUUGCACGUACAAACUGCAUCAAAUAUUUUGUUACUUGACAAAUGACACAAACGUUAGUAUUCAAGCUUUUUGUUGCUAUUUUUGUAGGUAUACACUUUAGUCUUAGUUUGGUACUUGAUGGAUGCUAAUGUUGGGUCCAGAGUCGGGACCUGCGCUGCUGACCCCUCUCCGCUGGAGAUGGUCUCCUGCUGGCCCCACUAUGGACUGGACUCUCACUAUUAUGUUAGAUCCACUAUGGACUGGACUUUCACAAUAUUAUGUCAGACCCACUCGACGUCCAUUGCAUCCGGUCUCCCCUAGAGGGGGGGAGGGGGGUCACCCACAUAUGCGGUCCUCUCCAAGGUUUCUCAUAGUCAUUCACAUCGACGUCCCAUUGGGGUUGUGAGUUUUUCCUUGCCCUUAUGUGGGCUCUGUACCGCAGAUGUCGUUGUGGCUUGUGCAGCCCUUUGAGACACUUGUGAUUUAGGGCUGUAUAAAUAAACAUUGAUUGAUUGAUUGAUUGAAUGUUAGCAUGCCAGCAUUUUAAACAAUUUUUUCCAGUAAUAUAUUU